AUGUAUCUGGACGUGCCAUCUAUCACAGUGGCUUUGAACGAAUGCAAUGAGACCUAUCUCAUACCAUUGUCAGAGUGUCUCGACUGGAAGAUGCUCCAGAACUCACUCUGGAACCUUUUUCCCAACUUUACCGGUCGCCAGUUCAAAGUAUAUGCAACAGAUGGAAGCCGAAUUCCGAAAGCUUUCUACAUGCACUAUGCAAAGGAUAGUGCUCAUUUCUAUGUCGAGCUUAAGGGUACCGACCACAUGAUCUCCAUGCAUGUGGAGCUGCCAGAAGACUACGAGGGGUACUUCAAUAUGCACCUGAGCCCUACUACCAAACUGAGUGACGUGAAAAAAUACAUUACUUCAUGUGUCGACAUCUGCGUCGAUGACAUGCGUUUCAGGAAGAUGAAGAGGCGACUGGAGGACGACGAGAGCAUAGAAGAAGCUGAAAGCACAGAGGGUAAUGUCAUUACCCUGACAGAGCUGUAG